AGUGAACUUACAGUUCAUCAAGGUUGUAUCCAACAGACGUUGCCAAUAGUAGCAGCAGACUUGCAAGUGCAACAGGGCUCCAGCACCCACGAACUUGUAAAUGAGAGCACUACAGAGACAUCAAUGUCUCUGGCGACAACGAGCGAACGAAGAUAUCCAGAAAGAGUGAGGAAACCACCUGUGAGACUUGAUCUCUAA